UGAGUGUGUGACGGAAAGAGGAGGGCUCAGAGAGAGAGAGAGAGAGAGAGAGAGAGAGAGAUAUCCAAGGACAGACAGCACUGAGGGGAGAGGAGAUAACACACUCUCAGUCUACACCACAGCCUGAACACACAGCACGGAUCUCGACACCGUGAGGAAGAUGCUCAUCUACAUCAGAGGAGCAUUCAGGACCGGACAAUAGCUCCCAGAAGCUGCCGAGGACACUAAGGACUGCACACGGAGAGGAAGAGAGGAAGAGGGGGGGGGGGCAACGACUGCAGGUUUAUUCUGUCUUCCUCAUCCUCCUCUGCACACGAGACCCUCCACUCACCAGUUCUGUUUUUCAGUCUCCAGCAUCGUGACUACGGUCCGAGGCCAUGAGCGAGACGAAGAGAGGCGAGCUCGCCAUCCGGGAUAAAGCCGUCCUGCACCAGCAGAGGCGUCUGAAGCAGGCCACCCAGUUCUCACACAAGGACUCGGCCGACCUGCUGCCCCUGGACGGGCUCAAGAGGCUGGGCACGUCCAAGGACCUGCAACCUCACAGCAUCGUGCAGCGCCGCCUGCUGGAGGGGAACAUCACGCGGCUGCGAGGGGAGGCCCGGGACGCCAACGACAGGAUUCGCUCCCCGCUGGCCGACUACAAGGACGGCGCCGCCGCCGCCGCCGCCGCCGUCGACGCCGAGGAGAGGAGCGAGAGCACCGCCGACGACUCCACGGAGGAGAGGGAGUCUCUGGAGGAGAGCGAGAAGAGCCUGCGCUCGGACGAGGAGGAAGAGGAGGAGGAGGAGGACGGCAGCGAAGCCGGAGCCAGACCCGCGGCGGAGAAGACGGAGAGCUCCGCCCUCCUCACGGCUCUGGUCGUUCAAUGCAAGUGCUGCGAGGCUGAAGUCAAAGCAUCCAUCAACACCGGCAGCCAACACAACCACAUCUCCAGCUCCUGCUGCCGGAGGCUGGGACUGGUUCCCGUCCAGGACAGUUCACCACGUGGUGGGAGCAGCUCAGUGCCGGGUCUGCAGCUGCAGCUGGGCCGACAGACGGUCCAGUGUUCAGCUUAUGUCAAAGAGGACGAGGCGGUCGAGCUGUGCCUGGGUCUUCAGACUCUGUUGGAACUCAAAUGCCGCCUGGACCUGGGCAGUCGGGUGCUGAAGCUGCAGGGCUACGGCGACGAGCUGCCCUUCCUGAACCCGUCGACCGACAGCCGGUGCCAACGCGACACCAACGAGAACCUGUGAUGCCCCGACCGGACAGCGGCGGUGGCGGCCACUUCCUCGAAUCUCCGGCGGUUGCAGCGACGCGGGUCCGAUUCCCGGCGUCUCUCACACACACCGCCGGAAAACGGAUGAGCAUUCGCCCGCCGUCGUCCAUCGAGUUUUACAUCGACGUGUUUGCAGGACAUUUGCCAUAAUUAUCUCUCAUAUUGAAUUAGUCUAGUUUACAGAUCCGGGAGCCGGUCCAAUCUCUAUGAAUCUAAUCAUUCUUUAUGAUUAUAUCGUGCAUUCAAAUCUAAUUCCUCUGUGGAGCUGCUCGGGUGCACUGAGGCUCUCUAAAAAAAAGGGGGAAAAAACAUUAUAAUCAUUUUACGUACAUAUUUUGUGAUUUGGCUGUAAAAAAAGUACUUAAAAUCAUCAAGUAAAUAAAAAAAAAAAAAGUGUUAAAUUGUAAAUCAUUUCAGUUUAAACUGUGUCGAAAGGAAUUGUUUCAUACUUUGGGGACACAUGCUAGUUAAUUUCUUACGGAGACGACGGAUAGCCGCUUAGCUUAGCUUAGCACAAAGACUUGAAACGGGUGGAAACAGCUAGCAUGGCUCUGUCCAAAGAUAACUCGCCUACGAGCGUCUCUAAAGCUCACGGUGUUACACAUUUGUUGAAUUCGUACAAACACUGAAUCCAUCCCUUUUCCAGGCUUUACGCUAAGCUAAGCUAACCGACAGACAUGAGAGAGGUAGCAUCUUCUCGCUGUAAACGUGUUUCCAGACCGUCAAACUAUUCCCUCUAAAAAUCAACACGACCGGUCUGAAACGUGUCGGUGCUCAGGAUCCCCUUCGAGAGGUUUUUUAAAGUCUUGCGUAAUUAGGUUUCACGGUUUCUCGCCCAGAACUUUAAAUAGCGAUCUGGAGGAAAACGUACUUCUAUUCAGCUUCGUAAAAAGGAGACUGAUGUGGUUCAGUUUUACAGGAGCCCCUCUAAUAAUAGUUGACUACAAAAACAUACAGAAAACAUUCCAUCUGCAUGACUUUGUAAAGUUCUGCCUUUGUACGAGUCUGCAUGUUUGUGUACUAGUCUGAUUGUGUGUGUGUGUGUGUGUGAGUGUGUGUGAGGCCCCCCCCCCCCCCGGCCUCUUUCAGGAGAUCUUCAUCGCUCAGCUUUUACUUUUUCUUUUUUUUUUUUUAAAUACACAGUGCCACCUGCCUUUCUCGUCUCUCUGUGUUUUCACAGCGUGGAGAGUCAAGAACCGCCUCAGAUCAUUCUGUGCUUUAAUAACACCCGAGCCGGGCCGUGCCGUGCCGAGCCGUGCUACAGUAUCCUGCCUGACCUCUCCACGGAGGUCAUCCACGCGUAGACUUGUUUCUCUUUGAUGUACCAGUGAACCUUCCUACGCCGUAUGAAAAGGAAAUCGAUGUGCGACAGAAACUUAUUUUUGGUGUUUCUCUUCUUUCUGAACAGUAUUUUCUCUGCCUAAUAAUAAAAAAAAACGUAUUCUGGCUAA